UCCCCAACACCAAUCCAAUCCCCAAUUUCUCCUUAAUUACUUGAAUAUAUAUACUUCGAGCUCAAAUUAAUCUCAAACCAACUUCGGGAAUGGCAUCGGCGGAUCAACAACAAAAGUUCCACGUUCUCGCCGUGGACGACAGCCUCAUCGACCGGAAGCUGAUCGAGAGGCUGGUGAAGGCGGCGUGCUCCGGCGACGAGGUCACCGUGACGGUGGUGGAUUCAGCGACGAAGGCCCUCCGGGUGGUGGAGGAGGCGGAGGUGAACCUGAUCAUCACCGAUUACAGCAUGCCCGGAAUGACCGGCUACGAUCUGCUCCGGGAGAUCAAGGGCUGCUCCGCCUUCAAACACAUCCCCGUCGUGGUGGUGUCGUCGGAGGACGUGCCGUCGAGGAUCCGCAGCUGCCUGUCGGAGGGCGCCGAGGAGUUCUGCCUCAAACCCGUCCGGCUGGCCGACGUCAAACCGCAUCUCCUGAACGCCGCCUGCAAAGGGAGGCCGGCGACGGGACUGACUCCCGCAGUUUGCGGGACCGUUUGAUUGGGUCGUCCGAAUUAAUCGGGGAAUCGAAUUCCCCGGCAGCCUAUAAUUGUUAAAUCCUUUUCCUUUUAGAGUGUUUACAUCGAAUUUGAGAACAAUUUUGUACGAGUGUUCAAUUCAAUUUUUAGAUCUGUAAUAUUUGAACUCUCAGUUAAUAAAGGACCGGAUUCAUGACCAGAUUUGAACGUCCUUGUAAAUAAAUGACUUGAACCUAACAAUAAUGCUCAUUGAGACCAUUUGAGGAAUAAUGACUAUAGGGUAGUUCUUAGGAACGACUACGCUCCUAAAAUCCAAUAUGAAUCGCCUCCUCAAUCCCAACCCGCCAUGAUUCCGAGCCGGUACCCUCGAAGAGAAAACACAAGAAGAAAGAGGUGCCGACAAAAACAAUGAAGCCAUGGCCAAAUGGAUGGAGGAGAAUGCGGGUGCACUAGCCAAAGCCUAUAUUGACACCUUCGAGGAUCCUCAGAUUGGGCAUAAUCAAAGGUACUCAGAACUUUGGACUCGCAUUUAGGAUUUAUUUGUUGAGACGAUGGGCCGCGCGGCCAAUACCACACCAACGACAUUGUUAGACAUAUAUAUUAAUAGUCCUAAUAAUUGCAUAAUUAGGAGACUACCGUUUGUGACUCCUUGUUACCCUUGGAGUCUUAAGUAUUUAUAUCCUUGUGUUGUUUCAUAUUCAUGUAAUGAAAAGAUACAAUAAUU